AUGUCUGAGAUGCAAACUGUUAACAGCCACGGUAGCGUGGGCAGCACUAAAUAUCAGUGGGCUAGUGACGAUUUGGAGUUAUCGAAGACUCCAACAGUAGGAGAUAAUCAUAACCAGGUGACGGAUGACUUGAACAGAAGUUUAUCCACAAGACAAAUCAAUAUGAUAGCUAUUGCAGGAGUUAUUGGAACAGGUCUUUACUUAGGUACAGGAAAAGCGUUAGCGAAUGGUGGGCCGUUAUCGUUGUUGAUCUGUUAUUCACUUAUAGGGGGAGUGGUAUACUUAACCAUGUUGUCAUUGGGAGAGAUGGCGACGUACAUGCCGAUUUCUGGUUCAUUUGCAACAUAUGCGAAGAGAUUUGGAAGUGAUAGUUUCGGUUUUGCGGUAUUGAUAAACUACUGGUUUAACGAUGCGGUUUCGGUCGCUAGUGACUUGACGGCAUUGCAGUUGGUUAUGGAAUAUUGGACCGAUUUCCAUUUCUGGAUCAUCUCGUUGAUCUUUUGGUUCUUUGUUUUAUUUUUGAACGUCUUUCACGUUAGAUUUUAUGGUGAGAGUGAAUAUUGGCUAGCAUUAUUGAAGGUAUUAUCGAUCUUGAUUUUCUUUAUCAUGAGCAUUGUGGCCAACGCGGGCCACAAUACGAUGCACGAGUACAUUGGGUUUCAAUACUGGUCUCGUGGAGACGCUCCAUUUGUUGACGGGUUUAGAGGGUUCGCUAAAACGUUCGUCACGGCAGCAUUUGCGUAUGGGGGCACUGAGUCGAUUACUCUUACGGCUGGGGAACAAAAGAAUCCAGUCAAAUCGAUGCCAAAAGUGAUCAAAACAGUAUUUUGGCGUAUUUUGAUUUUCUACGUGUUUUCCGUCUUCUUUAUUGGAAUGAACGUUCCUUACGAUUAUCCCGAUUUGUCAAAUAGUGAUGUUACAACAUCGCCAUUCACAUUAGUUUUUCAAUUGGUGGGAGCAAAGGCUGGAGGUUCAUUUAUGAAUGCAGUUAUUUUGACCUCUGUCAUUUCAGCAUGUAAUCAUGCUUUAUUCGCAGGGUCUCGUUUGGCCUAUACAUUGGGUACUGAAGGAUAUAUCCCUAAGGUUUUCACUCGUGUGAAUCGUUUUAAGAUACCGUACGUUGGGGUUCUUGCUACUUGGUUUGCAGGAGGCUUGUGCUUUGGUUCCUCAUUUAUUGGGGCCGGUACGUUAUGGUCAUGGUUACAGUCUAUAGUUGGUGUUAGUAAUCAAAUUGCAUGGUGGUCGAUUGCUGUUACAAGUCUUAGGUUCCGUAAAGGUUUAGAGAAACAAGGUAAAACUCAUCAAUUAACCUAUACAAAUUGGACUUAUCCGUAUGGCCCAUGGUUUGUACUUAUCUUUGUUACAUUUAUUAUUCUUGUUCAAGGUUGGUCAACAUUUUCACCUUGGAACGUAUCAGAUUUUUUCUCGACCUAUCUUGAAGUAGGUGUCUUCCCAUUAACAUUUGUACUCUGGUGGUUAUACAAAAAAGGAAAGGACAGAUUUGUCAAAUACGAAGAAAUGGAUUUUGAGACUGACAGAUAUUUGGAGACAGAAGAGGAAUUGGCACAAAAUUUUUACGAAGAAGGAUUAAAAGGAUGGGAAAAAUUCAAGUAUAACUUUGUUGAUAAUUUCUUAUGA